AUGACCACGGCGAGCGGGCAGCAGCGGCUGGAGCCCCCCGUGCCUCUCCGCUCCUGCAGCCCGGCGCCCGGAGCUCUCCAGAUGAGCCGGCCGCCCUCCUCCGCCCUGGAGACCUCCACCUCCUCUUCCUCUACCUCCACCUCCUCCUCCUCCUCCUCGGCGGCGGCGGCCUCCUCCAAGAGCAAGAAGGCGAGCUCGGGGCUGCGGCGGCCCGAGAAGCCCCCCUACUCCUACAUUGCCCUCAUCGUCAUGGCCAUCCAGAGCUCGCCAUCCAAGCGCCUGACCCUCAGCGAGAUCUACCAGUUCCUGCAGGCCCGCUUCCCCUUCUUCCGCGGCUCCUACCAGGGCUGGAAGAACUCGGUGCGCCACAACCUCUCGCUCAACGAGUGCUUCAUCAAGCUGCCCAAAGGCCUGGGCCGCCCGGGCAAGGGCCACUACUGGACCAUCGACCCGGCCAGCGAGUUCAUGUUCGAGGAGGGCUCCUUCCGACGGCGRCCCCGCGGCUUCAGGAGGAAAUGCCAGGCGCUCAAGCCCAUGUACCGCAUGAUGAACGGGCUGGGCUUCGGCGCCUCCAUCCUCCCACAGGGCUUCGACUUCCAGGCGCCCCCCGCUUCCCUCGCCUGCCACUCCAACGGCUACAACCUGGACAUGAUGCCCAACGCCAUGGCCGGSGGCUACGAGGGACUUAGCGGCGGCCACCACGUCCCACACAUGUCGCCCAACCCCGGUUCGACCUACAUGGCCAGCUGCCCGGUGACUGCCAACGGGGACUACGGUCCCGACAGCAGCAGCAGCCCCGUGCCCUCGUCGCCGGCGAUGGCGAGCGCCAUCGAGUGCCACUCGCCCUACACGAGCCCUUCGGCUCACUGGACAGCCUCGGGGGCUUCGCCCUACAUAAAGCAGCAGGGCCUCCCCGCCGCCAACGCGGCCUCCUCCGGCCUCCACUCCAGCGUGCCCUCCUACUCGCUGGAGCAGGGCUACCUGCACCAGAGCCCCCGCGACGACCUCGCAGUGGGCCUGCCUCGCUACCAGCAUCACCCCUCGCCCGUGUGCGACAGGAAGGAUUUUGUCCUCAACUUCAACGGCAUCUCUUCCUUCCACCCUUCCGCCAGCGGCUCCUACUACCACCACCACCACCACCAAAGCGUGUGCCAGGACAUCAAGCCGUGUGUGAUGUGAGGGCAGCCCCCGCG